AUGAUCUCGAUGAUGACGUCGUAUGUGCUGCUUUUAGCGACCUGCAUGACGCUACUGACCAGCGCCUUGCACGUGACAAUACCAAUAGGUGCUUCCGAUUGUUUUUCCGUGGACGCAGAGAUCUAUAAGCAUGGUAUCUCACUAAACUACGAGGUAAUUCGUGGCGUGGCGGACGAAUUGGAAACGGAAUUGACGGAUGGCAAACAACAGAUCAUCUAUGCUCAAAAGGGCGCAUCGGGGCGGUAUGUGAGUUCUAUUGGAGAAGGAGGAAUGCAUUCGGUGUGCUUUAAGAACGAGCGUUCGUCUGUGGGAGACGUAGUCGUUGGAUUCUCCUUUCAUGCAGACGAUCCGAGCCAUGAAGUGCUUUCUAAUGCGGAUGCCACUAAGAUCAAGCAAGUGCAGGAUCUGGAGGACAUGGUAGCUGAGCUGAGCGUGAACCUUGAUACCGUCAAAGACACCCAAUCGUAUAUGAAGGCCAUAACCAACUACCACAUCCAGCUGAUCACGAGCAUGCACAGCCGAGUUAUGUGGUGGACACUUGUCGAAUUGUUCGUCCUUGCAGCUGUCUCAAUGGCGCAGAUUUCGUUCUUGAGACGCACCCUCGAGGUGCGGCGUAUUUUGUAA